AGCCACCAAUGCAUGCAAGUGUGCAGAAUUGUUAUGCGGCCCCUGCGAGUUAGGCGCCGGUUAGCCAGCAGUCCUGCACCUAUAUAAAGUCCUGUGUGACUCGUGCUCCUCAGGGUUAUUCGUGUGAUCUUGCCAGGCCACCAUCACCCUCCUUCUUCCUCGGCCGUGUGGUCAGCUAGCUAGGUGGAGCGGUAGCAAUGGAGCUGGGGAGGUUGCUGGUGGUGGUGGUGGCGGCGGUGGUGAGCUCGGCGCUGGUGAUGGUGGCGAGGAGCGACCCGCAGGCGCCGUGCUACUUCAUCUUCGGUGACUCGCUCGUGGACAACGGCAACAACAACUACAUCGUGUCGCUGGCGCGCGCCAACUACCCGCCCUACGGCAUCGACUUCGCCGGCGGCCCGUCCGGCAGGUUCACCAACGGCCUCACCACCGUCGACGUCAUCGCUCAACUCCUGGGCUUCGACAACUUCAUCCCGCCCUACGCCGCCACGAGCGGUGACCAGAUCCUCAACGGCGCCAACUUCGCCUCCGCCGCCGCCGGGAUCCGUGCCGAGACAGGCCAGCAGCUGGGAGGCCGGAUCCCGUUCGCCGGCCAAGUGCAGAACUACCAGACGGCGGUGCAGACGCUGAUCAGCAUCCUGGGAGACCAGGACACGGCGUCGGACCACCUGAGCAAGUGCAUCUUCAGCGUCGGCAUGGGCAGCAACGACUACCUCAACAACUACUUCAUGCCGGCGUUCUACAACACCGGCAGCCAGUACACACCGGAGCAGUUCGCCGACACGCUCAUCGCCGACUACCGCCGCUACGUGGAGGUGCUGUACAACUACGGCGCGCGGAAGGUGGUCAUGAUCGGCGUCGGGCAGGUCGGGUGCAGCCCCAACGAGCUGGCCCGCUACAGCGACGACGGCAACACCUGCGUCGACCGCAUCGACUCCGCCAUCCAGAUCUUCAACCAGCGGCUCGUCGGCCUCGUCGACGAGAUGAACGCCCUCCCGGGAGCCCACUUCACCUUCAUCAACGCCUACAACAUCUUCAGCGACAUCCUCGCCAACGCCGCCUCCCUCGGCUUCACGGUGACCAACGCCGGGUGCUGCGGCGUCGGGAGGAACAACGGGCAGGUGACGUGCCUGCCGUACGAGGCGCCCUGCAGCAACAGGGACCAGCACAUCUUCUGGGACGCGUUCCACCCGUCGGAGGCGGCCAACAUCAUCGUCGGCCGGCGAUCCUACCGCGCCGAGUCGCGCAACGACGCCUACCCGAUGGACAUCAGUACGCUCGCCUCCAUCUGAUCGAUGGAUCGAUCGGUAGCUGCUCGGCCCAGUACAUACGCAUGCAACCACAUCCACAAUAUCUUCCGCCCAUAAGCUAGGGUGCAACGCUUUUUUUUUUUUGCGAUGAUUAAUUAUUACUUCGACUUGUACUGGAUAGGAAAUAAUUGUUUCCACAAGGAUUGGUGUCUUCCUAGUCGUUUUCAA